ACCAAUGACAGAUAUUACUUCAUCGAAAUAAGGUUAGGUUUCAAAUGAUUUAUCGAGUUAUUAUAGACAAUUUCGUGAGUUUAUCUUAAAACAAAAUGGGUUUCCUGAAAAAUUUACAAUAAGAAGAAGUACUUAAAGAAUACCAAAAGUGAAUAGUUAGUGGAAAUUAAACGAAAUUACUAAAUACGAACGAAAUGCAAAUGUUUUUCGCAGAAAAAAAUAUCAAAUCUUUCAGACAAAGGCACAAAAACUUAACAGAAGUUUACAUUUAGUAUAAAUUCAAUAUGAAGUUUAUUAUUAUAACAGGAUUUUUUAUUGCAAUUGUUUCCCUACAUUCCGCAUACAGUGAGGUACCUAAACUCAUUGAUAAAAUGCCACAUGUAAAGGUGAAUAAAUGUUGUAGAAAAAAAGAGAUUUACAUAGGGAAACAUUGUGUACUUACCAAUACAACAACGGAAGAAUGGAAACCCUUAUUUGUUACAGAAAAAGGAGUCAGCAAUGUUCAGGUGAAUUACGAGUUGAUAAUAGGACUGCCUGAUUGUGGGCAUAUGCAACGGUGGCCUAUUUAUCAUUACAUAAAUUCAACUGACAAACUAAGAUUAUUGCCAAAUGGUAUUCUAAGACAUUAUUUUGAUCAUACAGGAGUUAAUGAAUUAGAUAUAGACAGUGAAAAUGCCAAAGUACCUUAUCAUGAUUAUGAACAAGGAAAAUAUUGCCUUGAUAAGAAAGAAGAUGGCGUUAAAAGUGAUUUUGCAUGGGUAUGUGCACCAGAUGUAAAUAAAGAUUGGUUAACAAACACCGAAUUUUUAAUGUACAAUGUGGUUAAUCCUAUUACACAUGGCAUAUCAAUGUUGUGUCUUCUUAUUGUAGCAAUAAUAUACUUUGUAAUGCCUACUUUACGUGAUCUAACAGGGAAUAUAAUAACAACAAUAUGUAUGUGUCUUAUAGUAAGCCAAACUGCUGAUAUGAUAAGACUAUUGACUGUUUUUAAAAACCACAUCAGUUUAAUUAUUACUGAAACUAUUUGUUAUAUAAGUAUGUUGGCAGCAUUUUUCUGGCUGAAUAGUUUGGCUUAUUAUAUUUGGAAAACAUUUAAAUCCAGGAACGUAUUUUUACGUAUUACUGACGGAAAAAAAUACUGUUACUAUUCUGGAUAUGCUUGGUCUUGUACAAUACUUCUAGGAGUAAUGGCAGUAUUUGCACACUUUACAAUGGACUACCCUGAUGUUAAUUUACCACCUAAAAAUACUUAUGAAGAAGAAAGGGAACAAAUAGGAUCCUUGGGAAUUAUCAUAUUUUUUGUUCCUGUAUCAUUUACUAUAUUAGCCGACAUGUUUUUUUUCGCGACCACUUUGAAAAAAAUAAACAAGAUGCAUACUUAUGGAAGAAUUCAUCACAAACUACGUCACACUUUCCGUAUGUUUGUUUUGCUGUUAAUGGUUAUGGUAUUGCAAUGGUUGUUUUUCUUGUCAUCUUUCUCCAAAUAUGAAGGUCUGGUGAAUGCCUAUAUAUUUAUUAAUACAUUUGAAGGACCUCUACUUCUAUAUGUAUGUAUUUUCAAUCAGAGACAUGUCGCUUAUUUAAUUCAAAAAACAUGUUGUUACACAACAUGCCCAUGCUGCAUACGGAAUCCUGAAGUUGAAUGGGGAGAUGAAAUGACAGCAAUGAAUACACUUAAUAACUAUUAGUUUUGAUUAACUAACUAUUUUUUUAGGUAAAUUUAUUUUGUAAAUUAGAGGUGAAGGUAUUUGAUUCCAAUGUGUAAAUAAUAGAAGUUACAUUAUUUCAAACAUACCUGGACAUGUAAUUUGAAUAUACAACUGGAUAUUUCUCAAGUCAGAAAAUAUGCUAUUUACAGAUUUUUAAUAUGAAAUCUGUUAAAUUAUGCAUAUGGAAAAAUAAGUGCCUUAAGGGUAAAUAUGUUUAAUCAUUAGAUUUAAAGAAAUAAAUGUUUUACUUUACAAAAGAUUCAAUGUCAAUGUUCAAGAUAUUGAAUUAGAAAUGUCACUAUAUUCAGAUAUACUAAUUGUGAAAAAAACAUGUGUAAAUGAAGACAACUUUCUGUUAAUAAGUAUUAAAUUAUACAGGGUAUUUUCAAAUAAUGGAAAGUUGAUUCACCAACAUGAACAGCCUUUUUAUUUUCAAUUUAUCAAAAAAUUUAAAUCUUCAAAUAUCUUCUUUAUAUAGUGGAAACUACCCAGUUUAAUUGAUAACUAUUUUAUGAUUAAUUAUAAAAAUACAAAAAUGAAUCUCAAAAAUUAUCCUGAUAUUAUAGGGUUGUGACAUAUUAAUAUUUAAGGGAAUUAUAAUCCAUCCUUUUUUUUGAAUGUUACAUUUGAGAUUAAUGAAUACAUGUACUUAAUCUAUUAUUUAUAACUAUUAUGUGUAGAAGGAAACUAAAUACUAAAAUGUUUACCAUGUAUUUAGAUAUUAAUAUAAUACUUCAUAGAAGCUAGAUUUAAAAAAUCUAUAUUACAUGUGUAUAAUGUAACUACUUACUUUGGAAAAAAUAGGUUCAUAUAUUAAGUGUUAUUUCAUUAUUUCCUUCAUGUAUUAAUUUUAAUUUUCAGAUGAUAUUGAUAUCUUAAGUUUAAUUUUCACCAUUCCAUUUUGUACUUUUUAUAUCUUUUUUUCACGAAUGUACUUAAUUUUUUGAAAUAAAAAUUAGUGAAACUAAA